CCAAGAUACGGUUUGGCGCUUCGAGCUAUCCGCGGGGAUGCAGCGUUGGGCAUUCACGAAUUGGGCGUCGCUUCUAUGUCUGGGAUUUGCCUUCUUUUUCUACUUCCACCCCUAUUCAUCUCCUCAUUCUCCGAUGGCUCAACAAUCUAUUUACGAUUUCACUGUCAAGGACAUUCGAAAAAAUGAUGUUAGUCUCAGUACAUACAGAGGGAAGGUUCUCCUGAUAGUGAACGUUGCGUCACUUUGUGGGUUGACAGAAACAAAUUACAAAGAAUUGAAUGCAUUGUACGAGAAGUACAAAGACCAAGGAUUCGAAAUCUUGGCAUUUCCAUGCAACCAGUUUGGUAAACAAGAACCAGGAACCAAUGAACAAAUUGAAGAAGUUGCGUGCACAAAGUUCAAAGCAGAAUUUCCCAUCUUUGAUAAGAUUGCAGUUAAUGGGAAGGAAGCAUCCCCACUUUACAAGUUCUUGAAACACCAGAAGAAAGGAAUAUUUGGAGACGGCAUCAAAUGGAACUUCACAAAGUUCUUAAUAAACAAAGAAGGAAAAGUUGUGGAUAGAUAUGCUCCUACCACAGCACCUAUGAAAAUUGAGAAAACCAUCCAGAGUCUCUUGAACUCUUCUUAAGCUUCAAGGCUUGAUCUCUACCGUGUAUCCAAUGCUUAUUAGUUAUCAGGUUAGUAUUGUAAUUAUGCAGUUUUGGUUUCUCUUCUUGACAGAACACUGGAGCCCACAGUAUAUGUUGCAAUUGCCAAAACUACGUUAGCUGGGGCUGGCCUUCUGUUAUUCUGUACAGGGCGUAGACAAGGUUUCCUAAAGGCAUGUUGCUGUAUUCCUGGCACCUUGCCUUCAGAAGUUCUGGAUAUUGUUGUUUCAGAAGUAAAUCCCCUACUCUCUUUUCAUGGAGCAA